CAGAUCAUGAGAUAUUCACUCGCAAAUAGAAUAAAUAGUUUAAUUUGAAAGUUAGUAAUCUAGAAUAUUGCCUUGGUAAACAUUAUGGAAACUACUGUACCUACUGAUGAUUUGCACUUGGAGGUAACAGAAUGUUUGGUGUGCGAUAAGCACGAUGAACUACACGUCGAGGAAGAUGUCCACAAAAUCUUACCGUGGGUGCUAGUGCCUCUCGCUCUUGUAUCUGCUGGAUUAUUCAUGCUAUAUUGUUGGAAGAAAGUAAGAGUCAGAGUAACAGGAGGGCAGGACCAAGUUUUAGCUGACAACGUUGUGGAUAGCUUCAGGCCUAUUUUACCACCCACACAACCGCGAAUUUGUAAUGUAAAAGUUCAUGAAGUAAAUGAAAACGCAGUUAACAAAUCAAAGCUCCAGAACAGGGAGUUGGCAUCAUAAAAUCGACAUCACGAUACCUACGCUUUACAAUCAGGAUGACAAAAAUGUUUCUUCGUCUGUUUAAUUUUUCUUUUUUGUUCAAUUUUUUUCUCUGCACUAUAAUCAUUAUACUCAAGUUUUUCUCAUUGCACAUUUACACACAGUUUGUCUGAUGAAAUCCCGAGUGCAAAUAGACGUACCCACUUAGACGUACGAAAUGUACAUCUGGUUUGACAUUGUUUACAUUUUUAUUGCGCACCCCAUGUUUCUUGCAAUAUCUGAUAAGCGACUAAACUAACCAUAGUUAGUAAUUAAGUGGAAAUUGGAUUGUUUCAGUUUCAUCAUUACAGUGAUUUACAUUUAUGAAAUAUUAUUUUUAUAACAAUGUAUGAAUUUACCUUUAUUUUUCGAUGCUGCUGUCUAUUUAUUUAAUCUCAUCGUUAACACGACAGCAGAAACUAUCUUUGGAAAUAAGAAUUGAAAAUAUAAAUGAAAUCUUGUUUUACGAUACAAAUGAUGAUGUCAGAAAAUAAACGAUAGCACAGAAGAUUUAGCUUUUCUUACGCCAUAUACUAUAAAAUAAUUGAAUGAACCGAUGUCAUCUUUCUGCGUGAAUUUCCAUAUUAAUACGAAUGAAACAUUAUAAAUAACUUGUCAAUGAUUGAGUUUUAUUGUAAUCGAUAAUACAUUCUUUAUAUUUGGGGAAAAAUUGUGGUCCGUGAUAAUUGUAUUCGAAUCUGUUUAUUUAAACACAUUUUAAAAGUUUAAUUUUUUGGUAACAGUAUUUGAUUAAGUGUCGAAUUGUUAAUUAUUUAUACUUAUUCUCUUUUCUGUCAUGUUGUUUCAUUGUAUAUCCAUUUUUACAAUAUAAUGUUACUUUAUCAACUUCUUA